AUUCCAACUGAAGCACUUCUCGUGGUAGAAUCAAAUCGGCCUGAGAAAUCUUGGCCUUCGCAUGGAGAAGUUAAUAUCUGCAAUCUGCAGGUGAUUCAGACUCCACCGUUACUGUUUCCAUCGAGUUUACGAACUCAUGGUUUACUUCUUCUUGUAACACUGAAUGAUGAAAACAUAUGCAGGUAAGAUAUGGUGGGCAUUUGCCUCUGGUGCUGCGUGGAUUAACAUGCACGUUCCCAGGAGGCUUGAAAACAGGAAUCGUUGGAAGAACAGGAACCGGCAAAUCAACUUUGAUACAAGCUCUUUUCCGGAUCAUGGAACCUUCAGCUGGAGAAAUCAGGAUCGACGGAGUAAAUAUCUUGAUGAUUGGGUUGCAUGAUUUGCGCUCUAGGCUAAGUAUCAUACCUCAAGAUCCGACCAUGUUUGAAGGAACUGUUCGGAGUAACUUAGACCCACUCGAAGAGUACACUGACGAACAAAUCUGGGAGGCCCUCGACAAGUGCCAGCUUGGAGAUGAAGUAAGGAAGAAGGAAGGGAAGCUAGAUUCUUCAGUAGCGGAGAAUGGACAGAACUGGAGUAUGGGGCAGAGGCAACUGGUGUGUCUUGGGAGGGUCUUGCUCAAGAAAAGCAAAGUGUUGGUUCUUGAUGAAGCCACUGCUUCUGUCGAUACCGCAACUGACAACCUGAUUCAGCAGACGUUGAGACAACACUUUUCAAACUGCACAAUAAUUACCAUAGCCCACAGAAUAUCCUCUGUCAUAGACAGUGAUAUGGUUGUAGUCCUAAACCAAGGUCUUAUCGAGGAACAUGACUCACCUGCAAGAUUGUUGGAAGACAAGUUUUCAUCUUUCGCCAAGCUCGUGGCUGAAUACACAGAGAGAUCAGAUCCCAGUUUCAGAAAAGCCCUGAGAAUCAAAGAGCAAGACAAUGCAUUUGUUGUAAUGGCAACAGGGCAAUGA